AUUCCUGCUAAUAUUCUUCUUGUCCAAGGCACAUGCAUCUUUAAUGAAGCUAUGUUGUUGGGAGAAUAUACGCCGCUACUCAAGGAAUCCAUCCAGCUUCCCAAUAGCAGAGACAGACUUGACGUCGGCAGCGCCCACAGGAACGCAGUCCUGUUCAGUGGAACGAAGGUGCUCCAAGCAAGC